AUGCCAGAUGGACCAGUUACGAGGGCACGAGCUAAAACAUUCAAAGAGGCUUUAAAUGGAUUGCAAAGCCAAGUUUGUUUGGCUUUCUUUUCGUGUAUUGAGGUUACUUUAAUUUGGAUACAAUUUCUUUUGAUUUGUUUGAAAUAUAAGAUGGGUGAUCAAAACCCCCCACCAAACCUUCAAGUUCAAGCUAUGAUGGAUGAGAUGCGACGUUUGAUGACAAAUGAAUUUAACCAAGUACAUGAAAGAAUGGAUCGAAUGGAGGCACAAGUACAAAGAACUCGAUCUCGAGCAUCAUCACAGGUUUCUAACGGGGAAGAGGAGGAUGAUGGUUGGGAACCUGAAAGGCGACCAAAUAGAAGGAGGUCACGAAGAGAUGACAAUUUAAGUUCUAUUAAAAUGAAAGUUCCUUCUUUCAAAGGAAAAUCAGACCCGGACGCGUACAUUGAAUGGGAGACAAAAAUGGAGUUCAUAUUUGAUUGUCAUGAAUAUUCCAACCGUAAGAAGGUAAAACUAGCCGUAGUUGAGUUUUCUGAUUAUGCACUAACAUGGUGGGAUCAACUUCUAAUCACUAGACGGAGAAAUGGAGAAAGGCCUAUUGAGACAUGGGAUGAAAUGAAGAGUGUCAUGCGAAGAUGGUUUGUGCCAAGUCAUUACUUUCGUGAUCUCCACAAUAAACUUCAAAGCUUAAAACAAGGCAGCAAGUGUGUUGAUGAUUACUUCAAAGAAAUGGAGGUUAUGAUGGUUCGUGCCAAUAUUGAGGAGGAUCCUGAGGCAACCAUGGCCAGAUUCUUAAAUGGCUUAAAUCUUGAAAUUCGUGAUCGCGUUGAGAUGCAACAUUAUGUUGAAAUUGAAGACAUGGUCCAUAUGGCUGUUAAAAUUGAAAAACAAUUAAAAAGAGGUGGUGGGUCUCGAAAU